AUGUCCACAGAAAGAGAAUAUAAACCAGUAACUGUUGACAAACCAAUAGAUAACACCUAUGAUCUCGGGAACUUGGCGACUUUUGACCCGAACCCGCUUUCAAACGAGACGUUGAGGAGCACAAAUGAGGCUGAAAAAGAGCAAUAUCUCACAUCAGUCACUAGAGAUAACGUACAGCUCUUGAUCAACCAGAUACUAUCCUUGCCAGUGAAAACCACUACGGACAACCUGGGCUCGCUGACGGGCCAAUCCGCCUCCAUGACGUUAGUGCAGUUACCCGAACCAACGACGCCUUUACCACGAGAGAAAGGUGUACCCAAGGCCAAACCAAAGACCAAAUGGGAAGAGUUUGCAGCUAGAAAAGGUAUCAAGGCCAAGGGCAAAGACGGCAAGAUGGAGUACGACGAAGAGAAAGGCGAAUGGGUGUCGAAGUGGGGGUAUAAAGGCAACAAUAAGAAGUUGGACGAUCAGUGGCUUGUUGAAGUUGAAGAUGACAAGAAGAACUCAUCGUCUAAUGCUGAUGAUUUGAUCGAUCCUCGAACCUUGGCCAGAGCUGAAAGAAAGAAGCUAAUAAAGAAGAAUGAGUUGCAGCAUAAGCGCAAUUUGAAAAAUGCAUCAAAAUAG